UCACAUCGUCAUCAUUACCGAUAGGACUUUUCCAUAAACAGGGGGCGCCAUUAAAGAUCUCCCUCAUUAUCUCUCUCUAGAUUCUCUCUCCAGCUCUCUCUCAUAAGUCAUAACUAUAGACUUUUCCGGACGCCAUUAAAGAUCUCUCUCAUUCUCUUUCUAAAAUCUCACUCAAAAAGUGGCUAUUAAGCCGUAAAAUCGCCGCUACCCGUCUCUCUCACUGUAAAAAAUCGCGGAAUGGUCUGAAAAGCUCGCCACUUCUCUGAAAAAUUCUCUUAUAAAAGGUGUGUUUGUUUUCCAAGACAGAACUCAUUGUCAGUCGGUCGGUCUCUCUUUCUCUCUAAAAUCUGCGACUAUGCCAUAAAAAAUCGGCACUCCAUCUUUCUCUCUAUAUUGAAAAUCGCCAAUCCACUGAAAAGAUCGCCAUUUCUCUGAAAUACUCGCCCUUCUCUCAUGAGAGGAGCGACUUCUCCAAGAUAAAGCUUCCUCUCACUCCGUUACCCUCUCCAAAUAGGUGAUGAUUUCCUAAAUAUCGCCUGUGUCCUCAAAAUCGCUGAAAUCGUCAGGAAAAAUCGCUCCUUUAAAACCUCGCGUUCUCUUAAAGGGCGGUUUUUCCAAGGAAGAUCUCGUCUCUGCUCGAGAAAUGGAGGAUUUCAGAGGCAGAGGCGAGGGUUUCGAGGCCGAUUCCCCUAACGCGGGCGGUACGACUCGCAUCGCGGCUCGUUCGUCUUUUGUCGACUCGUUUAAGGGGUGUGGUCUUUCUGGUUUAAGAAUCGAUAAGGAGGAUUUGAGGAAGAGGGUUCUUAUUCCCGAGUAUUUGAGAAAAGCCAUUGAUGAAGCAGUCAGGGUCAAGGAUAUUAGUGGAAUCGAGGAGAGGUUCAAAUGGGAUGGAGUUACAGUCGCUCCUGUUUCUCCAAUGGUGGUUUUUGUUAACUCUCGCAGUGGAGGAAGGCAUGGUCCUAUCUUAAAGGGCAGGCUUCAGGAAUUAAUGAGCGAGGAACAGGUCUUUGAUCUGGCAGUCGUGAAGCCUUUGGACUUUGUCAAAUAUGGGUUGCUUUGCUUGGAGAAAUUGGCCAGUCAUGGUGAUUUUUGCGCAGAGGAGACACGUGAGAGGCUGAGGGUCAUGGUUGCAGGGGGUGAUGGUACAGUGGGUUGGGUAUUGGGGAGUGUAGCAGAGCUUUAUUUAGAGAAUAGAAAGCCAAUUCCACCAGUUGGGAUUAUUCCUCUUGGUACUGGGAAUGAUCUGUCAAGAAGUUUUGGUUGGGGUGGAUCAUUUCCUUUUGCUUGGCGGUCAGCUGUCAAGAGAUCUUUGUACAAGGCUGCGACUGGUCCAAUUUGCCGGCUUGAUAGUUGGCAAGUCACCGUUUCAAUGCCACAUGGAGAAAAUGUUGAACUUCCACAUUCUUUGAAAUAUAGAGACGAGGGCACUUUCAAUCAGGAUGGGGAUGUUGAGGGGGAUUUGCCGGAAAAUUUUUCAUGCUUUGAAGGUGUAUUAUAUAAUUACUAUAGUAUAGGCAUGGAUGCCCAAGUUGCGUAUGGUUUUCACCAUUUGCGGAAUGAAAAGCCAUAUCUUGCACAAGGUCCAGUUGCAAACAAGUUGAUCUAUUCUGGAUAUAGCUGUAGCCAAGGUUGGUUUUGUACGCCUUGCUUGAGUGAUCCAGGUUUAAGGGGCCUCAAUAAUAUUGUGCGGCUCCACAUAAAGAAAGCCAGUUGUGCCGACUGGGAACAGAUCAGAGUUCCUUCAAGUGUAAGGGCAAUAAUUGCAUUAAAUCUCCAUAAUUAUGGAAGUGGAAGGAAUCCAUGGGGCCACCUUAAGCCUGAGUAUUUAGAGAAGAGAGGGUUCGUUGAGGCUCACUCUGAUGAUGGGCUGCUUGAAAUUUUCGGCUUGAAGCAAGGUUGGCAUGCUUCGUUUGUCAUGGUCGAACUCAUCUCUGCCAAACACCUGGCUCAGGCUUCGUCCAUCCGAAUAGAACUGAGAGGAGGCCAGUGGAAGCGGGCUUAUAUGCAGAUAGAUGGGGAGCCAUGGAAGCAGCCAAUAAACAACGAUUAUUCGACGUUUGUCGAAAUAAAGAAGACACCCUUUCCGUCGCUCAUGAUAAAUGGGGAGUGACUGCUGUAUUUGUACUGUGGAUUUGCCUGGUGUUUUGUGAUCCUUCCAGCUUCGCUCUUUCUUCUCAAUCGCUUGGAACAUUUGUAUAAAAAUCAGCUUUCAUUGAGGCCUUGUAAUUUAAUAUUAUUUUAGUAUCUUUUCUUGUCAAAUACAUUUGAUUAGCGUUUAUCAUUUUAGCAUCCUUUUUUGUCA